CCAGCGCUGUCCAGGCCCGCUUUUCCAGUUCUUGUGAAAGCCUAGGCGUGAGUGUGCGGAGGCGGGAGUAGGGGUGAGGCUGUUCCCGCCUCAAGCAACUAGGCCUCGGAGGAGUAAAGCAUCACCGAAAAGGAUAACUGGAUUUCCGUGCGACCCCGUUGCUGUCGAUUCUGCGGGGUCCGCGCCUGCGCAAAGAGCACCUGGGACUGCUCCGGCUCUGUUGUGCUGGCGCGCGCUCCCGCCCAACCAAAGCCCGAGGUGGGCUUCGGCCGGCGGGCGGCGCGGCGGCGCGCGUCAGGGGGCGGUCCUGCGCGGCCCGCACCACCCUCCCUCCUUGAGCUCCUCUCCUCCCAGUCGCCCUCGCGCUAGCUACGCUGAGGCAAUCACCGCCACGGCCCCAUCCCUGGCUCGCUCGUUCAGGCGGUGCCAUGGCGGCCUUCAGCAAGUACCUGACCGCGCGAAACUCCUCGUUGGCGGGGGCCGCGUUCCUGGUGCUCUGCCUGCUGCACAAGCGGCGCCGCGCCCUCGGCCUGCGCGGUAAGAAAAAUGGAAAACCACCACUACAGAACAAUGAGAAAGAGGGAAAAAAAGAACGAGCUAUGGUGGACAAGGUAUUUUUUUCAAGGCUCACACGGAUUCUUAAAAUCAUGGUCCCUAGAACAUUUUGUAAAGAGACAGGUUACUUGAUACUUAUUGCUGUUAUGCUGGUGUCUCGAACGUAUUGUGAUGUUUGGAUGAUUCAAAAUGGGACACUCAUUGAAAGUGGAAUAAUAAGCAGAAAUAAGGCUUUAUUCAAGAAACCAUUUUUUAAAUUUAUAGCUGCUAUUCCAGUGAUUUCUCUGGUUAAUAACUUCUUGAAGUUUGGGUUAAAUGAGCUCAAACUGUGCUUCCGAGUAAGACUAACUAAAUACCUCUAUGAGGAGUAUCUACAAGCUUUCACAUAUUAUAAAAUGGGAAAUCUGGACAACAGAAUAGCUAAUCCAGACCAGCUGCUUACACAAGAUGUAGAAAAGUUUUGUAACAGUGUAGUUGAUUUGUAUUCAAAUCUUAGUAAGCCAUUUUUAGACAUAGUUUUGUAUAUCUUCAAGUUAACAAGUGCAAUAGGAGCUCAGGGCCCAGCAAGUAUGAUGGCCUAUUUACUUGUUUCUGGGCUAUUCCUAACUCGACUCAGAAGACCCAUUGGUAAGAUGACAAUAACUGAGCAAAAGUAUGAAGGAGAGUAUAGAUACGUUAAUUCCCGGCUGAUCACAAACAGUGAAGAAAUUGCCUUUUAUAAUGGGAAUAAAAGAGAAAAGCAGACAAUCCACACAGUCUUCCGAAAACUGGUGGAACACCUACAUAAUUUCAUUUUCUUUCGGUUUUCUAUGGGCUUCAUUGAUAGCAUAAUUGCCAAAUAUCUUGCCACUGUAGUUGGUUACCUAGUUGUUAGCCGUCCUUUCCUAGAUUUGUCUCAUCCUCGACAUCUCAAAAGUACACAUUCAGAACUUCUAGAGGAUUACUACCAAAGUGGAAGGAUGCUUUUGCGAAUGUCUCAAGCUCUGGGCCGAAUAGUUUUGGCUGGCCGUGAAAUGACUAGAUUGGCUGGUUUUACUGCUCGGAUUUCAGAAUUAAUGCAAGUACUAAAGGAUUUAAAUAAUGGAAAAUAUGAGCGCACAAUGGUCUCGCAACAAGAAAAGGGAGCACAAAGCAUUCCCUUGAUUCCUGGUGCUGGAGAAAUCAUCAAUGCUGAUAACAUUAUAAAAUUUGAGCAUGUUCCUUUAGCAACACCAAAUGGAGAUAUCUUGAUCCGAGACCUUAAUUUUGAAGUUCAAUCUGGGGCCAAUGUUCUAAUCUGUGGUCCAAAUGGCUGUGGAAAGAGUUCACUUUUCCGUGUUCUUGGUGAAUUAUGGCCUCUUUUUGGAGGACGUCUCACUAAACCUGAGAGAGGAAAGUUAUUUUAUGUUCCUCAGAGACCUUAUAUGACCCUUGGAACACUUCGAGACCAAGUGAUAUACCCAGAUGGAAGAGAAGAUCAGAAAAGGAAGGGGAUAUCUGACCUAGUACUCAAGGAGUAUUUGGAUAAUGUCCAGUUGGGUCAUAUCCUUGAACGUGAAGGAGGCUGGGACAGUGUUCAGGAUUGGAUGGAUGUUCUCAGUGGUGGAGAGAAGCAAAGAAUGGCAAUGGCAAGAUUAUUUUAUCACAAACCCCAGUUUGCCAUUUUGGAUGAAUGCACAAGUGCAGUGAGUGUGGACGUGGAGGGCUACAUUUACAGUCACUGUCGAGAGGUUGGCAUCACCCUCUUCACCGUGUCGCAUAGGAAGUCUCUUUGGAAGCACCAUGAGUACUACCUGCACAUGGAUGGCAGAGGCAAUUAUGAAUUUAAGCAGAUAACAGAAGAUACAGUUGAGUUUGGCUCUUAGAAUCUGGAGAACUGUACCUGCUUCAAUGAAAUAAUUACAGAAAACACUUAGAAGUACAAAGUACAUUGUGGAAUAAAGUUGAGCUUUGUUUUUAAACAGAGCAACAAAUUAACUAAAUAUAAAAUAAUCGAGAACAAGUUGUUAAAACAUUUAAUAUUAUAUAGGAUAUUGCUAAUUGUGUAUAUGUUGGUUUAAUUAUUAAUAUGUACUAAGAAUGACCUUAUCCUUGUGGUUGAAAAACUGCCUAAAUUAAAUUGGGCUUCAAUCAGUGUAACCUGAUUCAUCCUGGGAUGUAAACCAUUUGAAGUCAGCUAAUUUGACUUUUAUGGCUCUAUCUUUUCCUUCAAUGAAGAACCCUGUUUAAAACUGGGGUCAUCACUUGUCCUGUCCUAACAAGAUAGUCUUGAGUUACGUUUUCUUGUGCCCCAUGAGGUGGGAAGCAAACAAAUCAUAGUGUGUUAGCAAAAGGUGCAGCAUCAGUGCAUACUAGCUUGUACCACGUAGUGGCGGGUUUCUUUAGUGCCACAGUUAUACUCAUUCCUUGUGUAUGUCUUGGGGUACAUUUAACUCCAGGAAAGCCACCUGAAUUUUCUUUGGCCAAAUAAUAAAUGUGCCGGUCUCAAUCUGAAGUAUUGAGUUGUUUUGAGAGCUCUUUGUGGUCAUACAACAGAACUAUACGCAGUCUUGUUUACAAGAGGUCGUCACUGUGUUUCACACUUAAUCCUCCAGUGUUUGGGACACUAAAACACACUGUCCUUACGUGUCAAGUUCCAUGUCUUACAAGAUGUUUAAAUUGUUUUUUAAAAGAAUUGGACGGGAUUUGUGUGCAUUAAAGCCCAUGCAUUAGAACUGUGGACACACAGUCUAACUCCACACGAGCCAUACGAAUGCACUACAUGAAGCAAUGCGCUGAGUAUGCCAUGCUGUCACUGUCCUUGUGAUUUCAUGUUUAACAAAACCUCUCAUAACCCCGUUAGCACAUGGGUGAAUUAUGUUCCCUAGGUACUGGUUUCUCUCUGUAAAUCUUUAAUAACUUUUUAAUAUUUGGGUUAUUAUGUUGAACUUUCCUAAGAGAAAUCAAUUUCAUCUCACCAAACUGCCAUUAAUGACCACAUGUAUUAUUUGCACAGAGAGAACUAAAACUGAAUAUUAUCAAUAAACUAGAUAUGAAAUCAGUUUGAUCAUACCGGGGUUCAGAAAGGGGCAUUUUUUUACUCUGGUUUCUGCAUAACUGGUUUUGGUUUCUGCAGAAUUAGUUAUAAGAAUUAUCAGCUACCUAAGUAAAAUUUGAUGUACUGAUUCCAUAUAUGUAACAUUCAAUUUUUACCACUCUCCUUAACAAACUUGUAUAAUUAAUCUCUGUUCAAAUUAAAAAAAAAUCAGGUAUCUUAUACAUUCUUUGCUUGUUCUUUUUGUUCUGGUAUCUAAAUAAUGGGUCGUUCAUACAUAGUCAUACAGUCUUGACCUGAAAAACAAAAAUAAAUCAACAUUUGGAAAUCC